AUGGCGAGUUACUCCUUGAUCCAAUCGGUGUACGAGGUGCCGCGCGAUCGCGCGUUCGGGGCGCUGGACAGACGGACGGGCGAAUGGAGCGGGCUGCUGGGCUGCGUGGUCCGCGGCUCCGCAGACGUGGCGCUGGCCGGCCUCGCCGUCAACCGCGAGCGCGCCGCCGCCGUGCGCUUCACCACGCCCGUCUUCAGCAGCAGAAUAAAUGUGUACAUCAAAACACCACCGCAGGAGUCUUUGAGCACGAGUCACUCGCGCACCAUUUGUUACCUCGGAGCGGCUGUCACUGCUGACAUCGCUAUUUUCACCAUCGUCCUGACGUUAAUGACAUGGUGGAGCCAUCCCACACUGUCUCGCAUCCGUCUAGUCUUCGACAAUGUAACGCACAUUAUAGAAAUAUUUCUUCGGCAAGGCCAGCCGCAGCGAUCUCGUGGCUGCGCGCGGCGGCUGCUGGCGGUGUCUGCGCAGCUGCUGGGGCUCCUCAUGGUGAGCGCCUCCUGCGGGCUGCUCGUCUCCUUCCUGGCCGACUCCCAGAGCGUCAUGCCUUUCUCCGACCUCGACGGGAUGCUCCGCGACGGCUCGUACGCACUGCACUUGGUUCCCAGUGGCGUCGAAUACAGCAUCUUUUCCGUAAGCUCUUCUACCUCCUAUUAA